AUGGCGCCGGCAAGGAAUAAGAGAGCCGGAGCGAUGGCAAAGGUGAAGGCCACCGGGGACAAGGAAGAGCCUGGUUCCCAAAAGAAGGUAAAGAAGGCGAAGCCUGGCUCCUUUCAAGGUCUCGGACUGAGCCCACCCGUCUUCAAAGCAAUUAUGCGCUUGGGAUACAAGGUGCCGACCCCGGUUCAGCGGCGGUCCAUCCCGGUAAUCCUGGAGGGUCAAGACACGGUGGCGAUGGCCCGUACAGGCUCCGGGAAGACAGCGGCCUUCGUGAUCCCCAUUCUUGAGCGGCUGAAGCAGCACUCCGAGAGUGUCGGCUGCCGAGCCGUGGUGUUGUCGCCUACCCGGGAGCUGGCUCUGCAAACCGCGAAGGCUUGCCGUCAGCUUGCGAAGUUUUUGGACCUGCGAAUCUGUGUACUGGUGGGUGGCCAGGCCUUGGAGGCACAAUUCGAGCACCUGGCCAACAAUCCCGACGUGCUUGUGUGCACACCAGGGCGGCUAACGCACCACAUCUCCGAGGCGGAGCUGAGCCUCCAACGUGUGGAAGUUCUUGUUUUUGAUGAGGCGGACCGACUCUUUGAGUUGGGAUUCGCAGAGCAGCUGCAGCAAGUCUUGGAGGCCUCGCCACCGAGCCGCCAGGUGCUGCUCUUUUCUGCCACCCUGCCCCAGCAGCUAGUGGCUUUCUCCCGUGCCGGUAUCAAGGAUCCUGCCUUCGUGCGCCUGGAUGCGGAAACCUCUCUCUCCGAACAGCUCAGCCUUUGGUAUCUCUUUGUGCGCCAAGAUGAGAAGCUGGCAGCGGCCGUCGCCGUGCUGCGUCGCUUCCACAAGGAACACAAAACCACCAUCAUGUUUGUUGCUACGAAGCAUCACGUGGAAUUCUUCAAUGAGCUUUUGCAGCAGCUCGGGCUUUCGGUGGCAGUGGUCUAUGGUCAGAUGGAUCAAACAGCACGUCAGGAACAGGUGGCGCGCUUCAGAAAGAAGGAAGCCUUAAUUCUGGUAACGACGGACGUGGCGGCGCGCGGCGUGGACAUUCCGCUGCUGGACCACGUGGUGAACUUCGACUUCCCAGCCAGUGCGAAGCUUUUCAUCCACCGCUGUGGGCGAACUGCCCGCGCAGGCCGCAGUGGCCUUGCAGCGUCACUUGUCACUUUGGACGACCUCCCAUACACAGUGGAAUUGAUGACUUUUCUGGGACACAAGCUGCGACUUCCCGAUGAGGAUCUUGGCACAGAGGAUGACAUAAAUGCAGCAUCGGCACCCGUGCUUGGUGCCAUGCCGGCCCUGGACCAUGAAGUAGAGGCUCUAGGCGCAUUGCUGGAAGAGGGCUCCUUGUUGCGAAGUUUACAAAAGUCGAUGCAAGCUUCGUACAAGCUCUACUAUAAAACCCGACCUUCUGCUUCACGUGCAUCUGUCGCACGGGCGAAGCGGCUUCUUACAGAUUGCGGCGGCCCGGCACACCUCCAGGGCCUUGUGCAUCCGGCCUUUGCUAACGGCCUGGCGGCUCCCACAGCCAAUCAAGCGAAAGCUUCGACGGUGCAGACAAAGGCAGACAUGCCAGCCAUCUCGUCCGACCUCGCUUAUCUGAGGAACCUGCGAGGAUACCGUCCCAAAGCUGAGAAGCUGGGCAAUGUGCUCUCCUUCUCUGCCAUGCGGACGAUGGAGCAAGAGAAGCUAGAUGCUGCAGCCAUUGCUUCUAAGGACACCCAGGAAGCGAUCCUGGCUGAACCUUCAGCCUCAACUCCGCGACGCCGGGUACAGACCCAAAAGAAAGUUGCAGCACCUGCGCCGCAGAAGGCCGUGAAACGGAACCGUCCACAUUUGUCGAAGGCUGCCCGGCGACGCUUGCGUGCCGGGGAUACCGAGGAGACAGAGCUCGUCGAUGAAAACUUUGACAUCACCGUGAACGACGGGGACGAGCACCAAAAAGGGGAAGAUGGCACAGGAAAAGGAAAGACGGAGCAGUUCUACCUUAGCACCGAGAGAGAUUUGACAGAGGAGGCUCGGGAGCGUGGCUACGACAUGGAGCAAUACCAAAUGGACCUUUUGCCUGACGAUGCAUCGGACAUCAAGAAGGCGAAGAGCGUCAUGCGGUGGGAUACCAAAAAGAAGAAGUAUUUGCCGACAAUGGUGUCGGUUGACGGCCGUGCUCUCAAAGGUCAGCGCCGCAAUGAGAGCGGGAAGAAGGUGAAAGGCGAGAAGGAGAAGGGCAGCGCCUACCAGAAGUGGUCCCAAGCGACGAAACGACGCAUCCAGAAGGUGGGGGAGGUUGAGGACCCCUCGAAUGCACUGGGCAGGCUGAGAAAGUCUGAGGCGAAGACUGUCGACUUCGAUGAGAAGGCAGAACCCGUGGAGGCAGCAACCUCCCGAAAGCCUGUAGUGCCUUUCCAUGGCCGUAUCAGUCAAGAGCACUUGACACACAAGCAGAAGCGAGCCCUCAAGAAACGGGCGAGACAAGACUCGGUGGCUGAAGGUGGAGGUGCCUCCGAAUUGAAGACAGCUCAACAGAUCCAGCAGGACAAGAAGCUGCGGGACCGGCAGAAGCUCAAGCAGAAGCCUUGGCUCCGCAAGCAGCGUGCAAAGCAAGCCAAGGAGACCCGAAUGAAGAAGAUGGAGGAACGCCAGAUGAAGUACGGCGCUCGGACGAAGGCCAAGAUGCUGAUCAUUGAGGGCCCCAAACGCUGGACGAAACGGCAGCAGAAGCCGCAAAAGGGCUACGGCCGGCGACAAGAUUUCUGA